ACCAUACAGGGGUUCGCCGCGCUCCUCUUAUACUUCCCUUCCCCGCCGAUUCAAGGUUUGCAGAGCCUCUGCUUCCCCGAAUCCUAACGGUCAGACUGCAUGGAUGAACAUCCUUCCUUCACCUUUUGGCGAGUCAUGCAUUCUACGCUCUUUCGUUCCUGAGACUCUACUUCCGAAGCUUAGAAUCAGGCACAAGCACCUUGCGCACGCGUAGCAUUGGCAGGGUGUAUACCUUGACCAAGCCGAAAAUCUGGUGUAAAAUUGCCGAUAACCUUACUAUGCGAAAAGCCAGUCGACGUACGACUUAAUCGUAGCGUGUCAACGGCCCAGCGAAUUGAAGCGAUCAUAGCACGAUUUCUAGCGGACUAACGGCACCAUGGUCCGAAGAGAUAUCAGUGACGGCGCCUUACCGUCGAAGCGGAGAGCCGACAAACAAGCUAUGGCAAGCGACCUUAGAGCCGAUUUGGAGGUUCUUCGGGCGAAGCACGGCGAAGAAGCACAAGCCAUCGCACUUUACAUGUUAACACCUCACGGUGAAGUGACAUUGACAACAACCGGACAUGUCCUGCCCUCCGUCGAAGGGACUCUCAUGAAAGGCCGGACUCGCCUUCGCGAAGCCCUCGAUGUUGCGAAUGUUAUCAUGGAGAUCGACCACGGUUCACAAGUUGGAGAAGAACCGUGUCUGGCUCCGGACGGUCCCGGCGACCUUACUUUCCGCAAGGAGCGAAGGGCUAUGCCCAACGUCUCGCAAUUGCAGCUUCAGAAGACGCGCUUGAGUGGCGGGUACGUUAAACCAGCGGAACCUUAUCAGGUGCGAGCCGAAGUUUCGCACCCCCCUGACAGUGAGCGUGUACUUCCCGCCAUAGCUCCACCUGGACGAUUGAAGGCGAAAAGCUUCCGCAUAGAUGAUGAGGCCGCAGUCACAGCUUUCCUUCACGAUCGCUUCAGCGAAAUGCAGCAACUGUCCGACAAGAGGAUCGCAAAGGUUUGGAUCAAAGGCAUCUGUCCUAAGAAGCAGGCGAAGUUCCCAUACCAAAACACCAAGCGAGAAAAGCGGACGGGCGAGAAGGGUCUGGUACCCGGCUGGUGGCCAGACACCAACGUAUGUCCGUUCACGGAGCCUGACCACAUCAGGAAAGAGCAACGGAAUGAGCUCCUCGUCCACAUUCUGCGACUGCGACCGACUCCCGAACAGCUAAAGACGAUGAACAAUGACACCUGUGAAGCUUAUCCAACCUACGCGGUCCAGAGCUGGACGCAAUUCUUGAAAGAGCUUUGCCCUGUCACAUCUCUUGAUGAUCUCUCCCCGUCCACUCCAGCCAGGAUCAAGAUGCGGCAGCGUCUUUUCGAAGAGCUCUAUGGAGCCGCCGAGAUGGAAGAAGACUUCAAGACUGGAGGACGAGACGGUAGCAGCCGCUACUAUUACUCUGACGGAGCCGGUGUCAUCGACAAGAAGGCUCCCAGGGCUAAACGCCGCCGUCGUGAACCGUCGUCUGGCGCAUCGGUCGCGCUCGACAGCUGCUCACAGUCCGGCUCGUCGUCCAGCAGUGAAGGCAGGCAAACAAAGAGGCCGUGUUGUGACGCCGACACAUCACGUCAAGCAUCGGUCGCCGCGCGAGAUCACCUCAAGAGACCUGAACGUGACGAUGACGCGCCGGACCAACGUCAGCCUGAACGCCGACCGACCCUUGACCACGAAACCGAAGUCUCGAAUCAGCCUCGAAUAAGAAACGGAGGGGCAAUUGCAGAUCAUUCCGCCUGGUCCGAAACCCAUGAUAUCCACCCACUUGGCGGCUUGUCGAUCAACAUGCAGUGGCAGAGCGUGCCGCACGAUGCUAGUCCUGGCUUACACCAUUAUCAGCAGCCUUGGACACACCCACUGGCUUUCGAGCCUUUGUCGCUCCAAGCGCUGAGUGCCCAGCCUGGCUCAUUCGAUGCUUUUCAAGCUCACUAUGGCGGCGGAUCACAGUACCCUGGUAACCAUGACUAUAGCUCUGUCGGAUGUGGACCACGUCACUAUCAGCAGCAACAAGCGCCAGUCAACCUCGGCGUGCAUGAUCAGUCCAUCCAAGCGUACCGCCUCACUGACGUACCCCAGCCUUGCUUUGACAACACCGCAGACACCCCGCUGUUUUCGCCUACCAGUUCAGAGUACCCAGGCGGCUACCCACAUGAUAGGACGCCGGGUGUGGCACACAUGGCAACGGACAUGACUCGUGAGGAAAAUGCUGUAGCGUUGCAGGCUCUCCAGCUCAACCAGCAGUAUCUCGAUGACAAGCCUGCCAAGGCAGAGCAGAAACCUCACCAGAGCAUGUUCGCUAAUGGGCAUGGGAUCGGACAGGAGGGUUCGUCGACAGUGUAUAACAGACAUCCGAUGGUCCUUCCACCCCACCUGCUUGGCGAUACCUAUGCGGCGUAUCACUAAGCUGACUCAAAUACCACGGCGUGCGUGAAACCUGGGCCGGCGACGUUGGUCAGCAUCCACCAUUUGCGACCUUUCGAACGUGUCUAGACCCGAUGUGUACUGCAGCUUCGAACGCGCCCUGUGGCCCGCGCCUUCUACUUCGAACGUGCCGACAGCUGCAUGACAGAUCGUCCCGCCACCCAACUCGAGCAGUGCUGGUUUGGUCUUUCCUCUCAUUACGAAUCGAGCGGUCUGCGAUCCU